CUGUCUCCAUUUCGUUAAAAUUUCCCUUUCUAAUUCGUUGACGGCUUCAAUAUUUACAGGGAGAGAGAUAAAGGGGAAAGGGAAAAAAGGAGAACGAAAAAGAGAAAAUUUCCCCUAUUUUUUUUCAUUUUCUUUUUAUGUUCUUGGAACAAAAAUUAAUUUUCCCCGGAAAGUUUUAUCGUAUUUUCUUAGGAGGUGGUUAAUUCACGAUCUGAGCUAGGGUUUUUAGAAAAUGCUGAUCGGAGAUGCGAAUUUGAUUUGAUUUUAGCUGAGCCGAUCUCGAUUUGCCCUAAUUAGAGAUUCUUUUAGCCGGCAGUGAAAGCUAUUGGCAAAGAUUCAAAAAAGGCUUAAUUAGGGAACGUUAAAGGAAAUGGAUGUGGACUCGUCGAUGGUGCCGGAGACUGGUCAGAAUCACAGUGGAGGGUCGCAAUUACCGGCGCCGAUGGAGAGGGAGCCACAACAGCAAAAUCAGCAAUUAGAGAACCAGGAUUCGUCGUCAGGACCUGGUGGAUCUCUGUCUUCUCCGGGGCAACAACAGGCUGUACCAGCUGCAUCUGAUGGUCAAGGACAGGCUCAAACGACGGUGGCGGGGCCGAGGUGUGCGCCUCCGUAUUCAGUGGUGAAUGCUAUUAUAGAGAAGAAAGAAGAUGGGCCUGGUCCUAGGUGUGGGCAUACCCUAACGGCUGUGGCAGCUGUAGGGGAAGAAGGGACGCCUGGUUAUAUUGGGCCUAGGUUGAUUCUGUUUGGUGGUGCUACGGCACUGGAAGGGAAUUCUGCUGCUUCCGGGACUCCAUCAUCAGCUGGAAGCGCUGGCAUCAGACUAGCUGGUGCCACUGCUGAUGUGCACUGUUACGAUGUGUUAACUAAUAAGUGGUCUAGGAUCACACCCUUUGGGGAGCCACCUACACCAAGGGCUGCACAUGUGGCAACUGCUGUGGGAACUAUGGUUGUUAUUCAGGGUGGAAUUGGUCCAGCUGGUUUGUCUGCUGAGGAUCUUCACGUUCUUGACCUCACACAGCCACGGCCACGGUGGCAUAGGGUUGUUGUUCAAGGCCCUGGGCCAGGGCCACGCUAUGGACAUGUGAUGGCUUUGGUGGGACAAAGGUUUCUCAUGGCGAUUGGUGGAAAUGAUGGAAAACGACCUUUGGCUGAUGUAUGGGCCCUGGAUACUGCUGCCAAGCCUUAUGAAUGGCGUAAAUUGGAACCUGAAGGGGAAGGCCCUCCUCCGUGCAUGUAUGCCACUGCAAGUGCACGCUCAGAUGGUCUUCUUCUGCUCUGUGGAGGGAGGGAUGCGAACAGUGUGCCAUUGGCAAGUGCAUAUGGACUUGCCAAACACAGGGAUGGUCGUUGGGAAUGGGCAAUUGCUCCAGGUGUCUCACCAUCUCCUAGAUAUCAACAUGCAGCAGUCUUUGUCAAUGCAAGGCUCCAUGUUUCUGGUGGGGCACUUGGUGGUGGACGCAUGGUUGAAGACUCAUCAAGUGUUGCAGUGUUGGAUACUGCUGCGGGGGUUUGGUGUGAUACAAAAUCUGUUGUUACAAGUCCAAGAACGGGAAGAUACAGUGCUGACGCUGCUGGUGGAGAUGCUUCAGUUGAGUUGACAAGGCGUUGCAGACAUGCUGCUGCAGCUAUUGGUGACUUGAUAUUUAUUUAUGGUGGUUUACGUGGUGGGGUGUUGCUUGAUGACUUGCUUGUUGCUGAAGACCUAGCUGCUGCUGAGACAACGACAGCAGCUUCUCAUGCUGCUGCUGCAGCUGCAGCCACUGAUGUGCAUCCAGGGCGUUUACCUGGAAGGUAUGGUUUUGUUGAUGAAAGGACAAGGGAAACAAUGCCAGAAGCAGCUCCUGACGGAGCAGUUGUGCUGGGAAAUCCAGUUGCUCCCCCUGUAAACGGGGAUAUGCAUACUGACAUAAGCACUGAGAAUGCCAUGGUUCAAGGAUCCCGGAGAAUGAGCAAAGGUGUUGAAUAUUUGGUUGAAGCAUCAGCUGCUGAAGCUGAGGCUAUUAGUGCCACACUGGCUGCUGCCAAGGCACGGCAAGUUAAUGGAGAAGUUGAACUUCCUGAUAGGGAUCGAGGGGCAGAGGCUACACCUAGUGGAAAACAGACAUCUACCUUGAUUAAGAUGCCUGAUUCUUCUGGAUCAAAUGAUGUUGCUCCACCUGGAGUUCGGCUUCAUCAUAGAGCUGUUGUUGUAGCUGCUGAGACUGGUGGAGCUUUAGGUGGAAUGGUCAGACAGCUUUCUAUUGACCAAUUUGAAAAUGAAGGCAGACGGGUUAGCUAUGGGACUCCAGAAAAUGCAACUGCUGCAAGGAAACUAUUAGAUAGGCAGAUGUCAAUCAGUAGUGUCCCAAAAAAGGUUAUUGCACACCUUUUGAAGCCCCGUGGCUGGAAACCUCCAGUUCGUAGACAGUUCUUCCUAGAUUGUAAUGAAAUAGCAGAUCUUUGUGAAAGUGCUGAAAGAAUAUUUGCAGCUGAACCAACUGUUUUACAGCUAAAGGCUCCUAUUAAGAUUUUUGGUGAUCUACAUGGACAGUUUGGAGAUCUUAUGCGCCUUUUUGAUGAAUAUGGGUCACCUUCUACAGCUGGAGACAUCGCAUAUAUAGAUUAUCUCUUCUUAGGAGAUUAUGUGGACCGGGGCCAGCACAGCUUGGAAACCAUUAGUCUUCUGCUUGCUUUGAAGAUUGAGUAUCCCAAUAAUGUACAUUUAAUCAGGGGGAAUCAUGAGGCUGCAGAUAUCAAUGCACUUUUUGGCUUCCGGAUUGAGUGUAUCGAGCGCAUGGGUGAGAGAGAUGGAAUAUGGGCUUGGCAUCGCAUAAACCGUUUAUUCAACUGGCUUCCUCUGGCAGCUCUAAUUGAAAAGAAAAUCAUUUGUAUGCAUGGUGGCAUUGGUCGAUCUAUAAAUCAUGUGGAACAGAUUGAGAACCUACAGCGUCCUAUUACAAUGGAAGCAGGCUCGAUUGUUCUAAUGGAUUUAUUAUGGUCUGAUCCAACAGAAAAUGAUAGUGUGGAAGGGUUGCGACCGAAUGCUCGAGGUCCUGGGUUGGUUACUUUCGGGCCUGAUCGUGUCAUGGAGUUCUGCAAUAACAAUGAUCUUCAGUUGAUCGUUCGAGCUCAUGAGUGUGUUAUGGAUGGCUUUGAGCGCUUUGCUCAGGGACAUUUAAUCACCCUUUUCUCAGCAACUAAUUAUUGUGGUACCGCUAAUAAUGCUGGUGCAAUCUUAGUUUUGGGUAGAGAUCUAGUGGUAGUUCCGAAACUCAUUCAUCCUUUACCCCCUGCAAUGUCAUCCCCAGAAGCAUCAUCGGAACGUCAUAUAGAGGAUACAUGGAUGCAGGAGCUGAAUGCUAACAGACCUCCUACACCAACUAGAGGUCGUCCCCAAGUAACAAAUGAUCGAGGCUCUCUCGCUUGGGUGUAGUAUACCCUUCCCAAAUUGUUUCUUUACUCAUUUGGGUUCAUGCAUCCACCUGGAGGAGACGAUCUCGGUGUUCUGUAUAGACCAUACAGCCACAUACAGGUGUUCCCAAAUCUGUCUCUCCAUAUAUGAAAUACGCUAGUUUGGGAAUCAGAUUACUUGCGCCGUAGCUUUACGUUGGUUACGAGCGGCUGAACUUUCGAUUUUGGGCUUCUUCUCCCCCUGUAUAUUGAGACACAGGCAGGUAAAAGCAGUUGGGUGGUUUCUUCAAAUGUGUUGGCAAUGUUGAGUAUUAUUAUUUACAUUUAUUUUCAAUAUACAAUAUAAAUAUGUAUGUAUACUUGUUUUAGGUGUAAUGAUGUUUUUGAGUGAUGAUAUUUAAAAAUCAUUGUGGGGCGUCCUUUGUAUCAUAAGAGAGGUUUUGUUUGGUGUAAUUUUCAUUUAUUUCAGCUUUUGUACAAUGUAAUAUUUGUGUGAAAAGAAACUUUUUCUCGUAA